GGCAUCCGGCACGAGGACCGACCGCAGUGACUCAGGGACCAGUCCGGAGCCAGCGCCUGGCCAGCCAGCCGGGCCCGCCUGCCUCUCGGCCGGGACGGCGGGCGAGGAGGCGCCCAUGCGGGGCCGGGAGGCGCGGUGAGGGCUCGCGCGGGCUGGCGGGUGCGCAGCGGGCACCAUGUCCAUGCUGCCCACCUUCGGCUUCACGCAGGAGCAAGUGGCGUGCGUGUGCGAGGUGCUGCAGCAGGGCGGCAACAUCGAGCGGCUGGGCCGCUUCCUGUGGUCGCUGCCGGCCUGCGAGCACCUCCACAAGAAUGAAAGCGUGCUCAAGGCCAAGGCCGUGGUGGCCUUCCAUCGGGGCAACUUCCGUGAGCUCUACAAGAUCCUGGAGAGCCACCAGUUCUCGCCGCACAACCACGCCAAGCUGCAGCAGCUGUGGCUCAAAGCCCACUACAUCGAGGCAGAGAAACUGCGCGGCCGGCCCCUGGGCGCCGUGGGCAAAUACCGCGUGCGGCGCAAGUUCCCGCUGCCCCGCUCCAUCUGGGACGGCGAGGAAACCAGCUACUGCUUCAAGGAAAAGAGCCGCAGUGUGCUGCGCGAGUGGUACGCGCACAACCCCUACCCAUCCCCGCGCGAGAAGCGCGAGCUGGCGGAGGCCACGGGCCUCACCACCACGCAGGUCAGCAACUGGUUCAAGAACCGGCGGCAGCGCGACCGGGCGGCCGAGGCCAAGGAAAGGGAGAACAGCGAGAACUCCAAUUCCAGCGGCCACAACCCAUUGGCUUCCUCGCUCAACGGCAGCGGUAAGUCGGUGCUAGGCAGCUCGGAGGACGAGAAGACGCCGUCGGGGACUCCAGAUCACUCGUCGUCCAGCCCUGCUUUGCUGCUCAGUCCACCACCGCCCCCGGGGCUGCCUUCCCUGCACAGCCUGGGCCACCCUCCGGGCCCAAGCGCAGUACCCGUGCCGGUGCCGGGUGGAGGCGGCGCCGACCCACUGCAGCACCACCACGGCCUGCAGGACUCCAUCCUCAACCCCAUGUCUGCCAACCUCGUGGACCUGGGCUCCUAGAGCUCUGCUCGCUUUGACGUGCUGGCCCUUCCAGGCCAAUGCUGGAACUAACAGGCAGUGCGAGAGGGCGCUAGAAGCGGACGUCCGCACCAGGUACUGAAAGACCAGAUCGCCUGGCAGAACUGCAGGACCCACCACGGGACUAAGAGGGCAGCUGUCUGCUACGGUCCCUUCGGGGGAUUUAUCUUCAACAAGUUGCUUUUGAGAUCCUUUGGAGGCCAGGAGACCGAGUCUGGAACCAGGCAAGGGAAUAAAUUAUAAACCGUUCUCACCCGCACCACACUUUCCCAACUCUUCUCCCUUCUCUCCGCCUUCUCUUCCGUUUCCCAACUUUCACUUUUCUUUGUUUCCUUUACUCUCCUCCUUUCUUGAUUUCCCCCCUUUUUUUCAUUUCCUUCUAAAUUUCUGGAAGUCUCUUUCCCUCUCCAAGUCUUUCAGUCUAUACCCUCUGCCUUUCUUCCCUCUGGUUGUCUGUUUGCAUCCCUCAUUUUCCUCAUUCUGGGAGGUAGACAGUCAGGGCCUUUGAACAUACAUUCGUUCCAAAGGUCGCUCUCCCGUCAGUGUGAGCUCAAGGUGCCAGCUUUUUGACUAAAUGAACAAGAGCUGCACCCCAGAAGCACCUGAAAUCCCCCCUCUUUCUGUGUCUUCCUCCAUCUCAGUCUCCCCUCCUCCUACAACCACUGGUUCUCCUCUUCCUUUUGGGACUGUGGCCUCAGUGCUCCCUGCCCAGCGUGCCUCUCCAGCCAUGGACUUGCCGGUUCCCUGUUAUACCC